AUGUUUUUCGCUGAACACAAUGUCGCUUUGACAGUGGUAGAUCACCUAAUCCCACUUUUGAAAGAAAUAGUGCCGGAUUCUGAAAUUAUAAAAAAUGUUGAUCUUGGGAGGAAAAAGUGCACCAGCAUAAUAAAAAAUGUAAUAGCAAAAGAAGAAAAGGACAACUUGGUAAAAAAGUUAAAAGUAAACCCGUUUUCCGUAAUGAUCGACGAGAGCACAGAUAUCGGCAUGUGCAGCGACGGCGCAAAUGUUACGGUCGGGAAAUGCAAUUCAUUCGCUUCCAGGUUGAUUAAUGACAUUCCAAACGUGGUCGUUGUAAAAUGUAUUUGCCAUUCGGCCGCAAUUAUUGCAAGUAAAGCUUGCUUAGCCCUGCCAAGAGCACCCGAAGAUCUUUUGCCGCAAAUCGGUUCGUAUGUCUCUGGAAGUUCCAAGAGAUGUGCGCAAUUGGAAGCUGUGCAGGAAAUGUUAGGUGGGAGGAAGAAAAAAAUCCUAAGGAUGUGUGCAACUAGAUGGCUGUCACAUCAUAGAAUCAGCAAAGAAGCUAGUGUAGAACGUUUGAUUCAUUUGUCUGCUUCAGACGGUAGUCCCGAGCUUUGUGCUUGA